AUGGCUGCAAACCCAGAAAGUAGUCCGCUGUUUGAUAAGAACGGCGUCAACGUCGUGGCGCUGCCAUACGACUCCGAUGUUUCUUCCUCGGUCGAGCCUCAAAUGGGGCUUUUUGGCCGCCUUGUGGAUAGUUUCCGUCGCUUUGAUGAGUCCGAGUUGAACUUGGACCCCAACUUGUCCGAUAUCGAGAAAGCCGCUAUCAUCACUGCCCAAUCGCCCUUGUCUCGUUCGCUUAAGUCUCGUCACUUGCAAAUGAUUGCCAUUGGCGGUGCUAUUGGUACAGGUUUGUUUAUCGGUUCAGGUAAGGUUUUGGCAAACGGUGGCCCAGCCUCGGUCUUGAUUGCCUACGCCUUGAUUGGCGGUAUGAUUUUCUGCAUGGUCCACGCCUUGGGUGAAUUGGCCAUUUGUUUCCCUGUGUCUGGUGCUUUCGUCACCUAUAAUGUGCGUUUUAUUGAUCCCUCGUGGGGAUUUGCCAUGGCAUGGAAUUACGCCAUGCAGUGGUUGGUGAUUCUACCUCUUGAGUUGGUCGCAGCGGCCAUCACGAUCCAGUUUUGGGACGAGUCCACGAAUCCUGCUGCUUUCUGUGCGGCAUUCUACAUUUUAAUCAUCAUGAUCAACUUGUUUGGUGUCAAGGGCUACGGUGAGGCAGAGUUUGUCUUCUCUCUCCUCAAGGUCUUGGCCGUGAUUGGUUUCAUCAUCCUCGGUAUCGUUUUGAUCUGUGGUGGUGGUCCCAGAGGUGGCUAUAUUGGCGGAAAGUACUGGAGCAAUCCCGGUGCUUUCAACAACGGCUUCAAGGGUCUUUGUGCUGUUUUCGUCACUGCUGCUUUUGCAUUUUUGGGCACGGAGUUGGCCGGUUUGGCUGCGGCGGAAACCAAAAAUCCAAGAAAGUCUCUUCCCAGAGCCACGAAGCAGGUUUUCUGGAGAAUCACCUUAUUCUACAUUGUUUCCCUUGUCGUGGUGGGCUUGUUGGUGCCAUAUAAUAAUGAGGACUUGAAGAAGUCUGACGGUACUGCCAGAUACUCCCCAUUUGUGAUUGCCAUUGAAGCUGCAGGUAUCGGAGGAUUACCCUCCGUGAUGAACGUUGUUAUCAUCAUUGCGGUCUUGUCUGUCGGUAACUCUUCUGUGUUUGGAGCUUCGAGAACCUUGUGUGCCUUGGCUGCUGCUAACAUGGCACCAAAGUGCUUCGGCUACAUUGACAAAAAGGGAAGGCCUAUCUUUGGUAUCGGAUUGCUGGCUGUUUUUGGCUUGCUCUGUUUCAUUUCAGCUUCUGACAAGCAAGGUGAGGCCUUCGACUGGAUGUUGGCCCUUUCCGCAUUGUCUGCCGUGUUCACUUGGGCUUCCAUCUGUCUCUGUCACAUUCGUUUCAGAUACGCCUUGAAGUGGAGAGGUAGAGGCACGGACGAGUUGGCUUUCACUUCGUUAGCUGGUUUGCCAGGCUCUUGCUUCGGCUUAACUUUGAACGUUUUGGUGCUCAUUGCCCAAUUCUGGAUUGCGCUCUUCCCUCUUGGUGAGAAGCCCAACGUCGAGGCAUUUUUCAAGGCCUACUUGUCGUUCCCCAUCAUUAUCGUAUUUUACCUUUUCCACAAGAUUUGGAAGAGGAACUGGCGGAUGUACAUCCCCAUUGACGAGGUGGACAUCGACACAGGCCGUAGAGAGAUGGACUUGGAGGCAUUGAAGCAGGAGAUUGCCGAGGAAAAGGCCAUACUUGCUUCCAAGCCAUUCUACUUCAGAUUGUAUAGCAUUUUCUGCUGA